UUGGCUCUACGGAAUCCAUCACAUCGAAAUGAUGAAUAAAAGAACACGGCCUAUGUUUGGGUCACAGCAUAAUAAAUAUUUAUUUAUGCUGUGUUUAGGUUAUGUAACAAUUGGAAUUGGAAUUAUUUUGUAAACACAGUGUCAUAGAUUACACAGCGGUUAAAGAUGCAACCAAGAAGUUUUAACGACAUAAUUUGCAGUCUGUGUCUUAAUGUUGUAAGUGAAAGAAAUUGUGAAAUAACUGAAGAUGUAAGGAAAGUUCUAGAAGUAGUUUUGCCAAAUCUGAUAUUGAAUUUGGAGGGAGUAGAUAAGUUUGGAAUGUGCACAGCAUGUUCUGUAAAAUUAAUCUCCGCCUUUAAUUUUAAAUCGACAUGUAUGGAUACCGAGGGAAUUAUUGUGCCUUAUGUUAAUUCUAGUGAUAAGUCAGUGGUUGAUUUGAAGGAAAUUUAUAAAAAGGAGAAAGAAAAUAUUCAGCUAACCGAUAUACAAGAAAAUCAGAAAAUAUGUCGAUUGUGUAUUCAAUUGGUGACAGAUGGCUUUGUAUCGCUAAAUACAGUGGAUGUUGACAUAAUUAAUACAUAUAUACCACAAGUCAACAUCAGUGCUACCAAGAAUCCUGUUAUAUGCGGACCAUGUUUUGAAUCGCUUCGUACUCAUGGUGAUUUUUUAAAAAAUUGCCUUGGUGCACAUGAAAAAUAUAAAAGUACAAAUAAACAAUCUUAUAUUAAAAUAGAAGAAAUUGAAGUAAAACUGGAAGAUGGUCAAGAUGUUCAGGAGAAAUACAGAGACAUUAAAUUGGAAGAGUUUGAAAUAAAACUGGAAGAUGACGGGGAUAUGCUCGAGAAAUAUAAAAGCGUUAAUACGCAGGCUCAUAUUAAAUCUGAAGAAAUUGACAUAAAGAUAGAAGAUGAUCGGGAGAGGGAGUCUUCUUCAUAUGAGUUAGAUGUUGAAAACGUUAAAAAGGAAAAUCGGCGCACUUCGGAGAGCACAGAUAUACUUAAAUCUGAGACUGGAUUUAACGAAAACUGUAUGACCUCGAUGUUAUUCCACACUGUCCAAACAUCAAACAGUGAAGUAACCAAGUUUCAGAAGUGUGAACCUUUGUUAUGUACACGAUUGUACCAAUGUGAUAAAUGUGACUACAAAUCUAAGCUUAAAUCGAAUCUGAAAAGGCAUCAAUUAAUACACAAAAACCCUUCAACAGUGCAAACAUACAAGUGUGAUAUAUGUACCUAUGAAACUAAACAAAAGUGUCAUCUCAAAGUGCACGAGUUAACACACAAAGAUUCUUCGGAUGUCCAAAUCUACACAUGUGGUAUAUGUAGUUAUAAAACUAAACAAAGGAGUCAUUUGAAGAGGCAUGAGUUAACUCAUAAGGAUCCUUCAGAAAUCCAAAUGCAUGAAUGUGAUGUGUGUAAUUUUGAAACUAAACUUAAAAGUGCUUUGAAAAGACAUCAGUUAUUGCACAAAGACCCUUUGGGAAUUCAAAUGUACAAAUGUGAUAAUUGUGGUUUUGAAACUAAAUAUAAGGGAGCUCUGAAAGAGCAUCAAAUAGUACACAAAAAUAUUUCAAAAAUCCAAAUGUACAAAUGUGAUACUUGUGUCUAUGAAACUAAACACAAAAAAUAUCUAAAAAUUCAUCAGUUAACUCACAAAGACCCUUCAAAAAUACAAAUGUACAAGUGUGACACCUGUAGUUUUGAAACUAAAUAUAAACGUGUUGUAAAAAGGCAUCAGUUAACGCACAAAAAAUCUUCAGAUAUCCGAAUGUACAAAUGUGAUAUUUGUAUCUAUCAAGCUAAAUACAAGAAAUAUGUAAAAGAUCAUCAGUUAAUGCACAAAGAUCCUUCAGAGAUCCAAAUGUACAAAUGUGAUACUUGUAUUUUUGAAACUAAGUUUAGAAGCAGUCUAAGAUUGCAUCAAUUAACACACAAAGAUUCUUCAGAAGCCCAAAUGUACAAAUGCGAUAAUUGUAUUUAUGAAACUAAAUAUAAGCAAGUUCUAGAAAGGCAUCAGAUAAUGCAUAAAAAUUCUUCAGAUAUCCAAAUGUACAAAUGUGAUAUUUGUAUCUAUGAAACUAAACACAAAAAAUACCUAAAAGAUCAUUAGUUAACACACAAAGACCCUUCAGAAGUCCAAAUGUACAAGUGUGAUAAGUGUACUUUUGAAACUAAGUUUCGAAGCAGUCUAAGAUCGCA